AUGCCUGUCCAGGACUUCUUGCAGCAGGUCGAUCGCCGGCGCUUCGGUACCGGCAUGGCCUUGCUCGUCCUGCUUGCUUUCUACUCGCCCCUUUCGAAGCUGGUCUUGUCGCCGACUUAUGGAUAUCUUCCUUCGAAGAUCUUCCAUGCUUUUGGAGUGUGCAUCUCCGGUGGACUCGGCUGGCUGCUCAAGGACCAAAUUGUGAGGCGCCUGGGGCGCCUCGGUGGUUACUUGCUCCCUGUGCUGGCUUUCUGGGUUCCCACUAUCCAGUACUUGAUCAAACAGCAGAGCUCCAAGAUCGGAAACCCCACAGGCCCGGUGAUCACGGAGCUGUGCGGUUAUUAUCCUCUAGUGCUACUCACCGUGGCAUAUGCCGGCAAGCAAAUCCAGACCUCCUUGAGGCUGGAGGCACAGGGUGAUCUGGUUGUUGAGCAUGUACCCCUGAUUGGCACAUAUGUGCUCUAUUCCAUUGGCGAGCACUUCGCCACGACUCUGCUCUCGUGGAUUGUUGGUACUUCAUUCCUCUUCACCAGGGUCGGUAUGCAGAUACUUCUUGCUAUCGGCUACUCUGCUUUGCUCCCUUCAAAGUGGCUGGUCCUCGCAAUCCCUUCUAUCAUUUUCUCGGUGACUUGCAACGUCCAUUUUGCCGGUAUCAACGGUGUCAACUCUGCUAUCCAGCAUGAAGGAUACACUUUGCUGGCCCGUCAGGAAGCGUACACGGGAUACAUUUCCGUUCUGGAGAACGAUAAUGACGGAUUCCGCGUUAUGCGCUGCGACCACAGUCUGCUUGGCGGCCAGUGGACCAAGCACGUUGCUGGAUAUCGCCCCGAGGUCGAGGAUCCUAUUUACGCUAUUUUUGCUAUGUUGGAGGCCGUCCGCUUGGUUGAACCUGAUAAUGGCGUCCCCCGCGUCGAUGCGAACAGCAAUGCUCUCGUCAUUGGUCUCGGAAUUGGUACAACACCCGCCGCCCUGAUCAAGCACGGCAUUGAGACCACAAUCGUCGAGAUUGACCCAGUCGUGCACAAAUUUGCCACCGAGUAUUUCAAUCUUCCUCCAAACCAUACUCCUGUGAUCCAAGACGCUGUCAAGUAUGUCAAAAAAGCCGAAGCAUCCGGAAAGUCGCCCCAGUAUGAUUACAUUGUCCACGAUGUGUUCACUGGUGGCGCCGAGCCCGCUGAACUCUUCACCUUUGAGUUCCUCACAGGCCUUCACUCUCUCCUCAAGGACGACGGUGUCAUUGCAAUCAACUACGCUGGAGACCUGACUCUCUACCCGACCGGACUUGUCGUCCGCACCAUCCGAGCUGUCUUCCCGACUUGUCGUAUCUUCCGCGAAGCUCCUGCCGGCAACGAGGAGGACUCCAAGUUCACCAACAUGGUUCUGUUCUGCAAGAAGACUGAUUCCCCACUCAGCUUCCGUGACCCUGUUCCGGCGGACUACUUGCGCAGCAGAUCUCGCGAAAGCUACCUUGUCCCCACCCAUGAGCUAGACGCUUCUAUGUUUGCCCAUUGGCCCAAGGGUGGCAGACGGCUACUGGUGGACAAGGAGGCCGGCAGAUUGCACAAGUAUCAAGAUCGCAGUGCUUUGGCGCACUGGUCUAUCAUGAGAAAUGUUCUGCCCGAUGCUGUCUGGGAGAACUGGUGA